AAACAAUCCCCAAGGCACACAGAGAAUCCUGUACAACAAUAACCGCCCAUCCCACCAUCCCGAACAACGUGCCAAAAUGCUCACCCUCCUGCUCACCCUCCUGGCCACGACGGCCCUCACGCACGCAACGCCCGCAACGCAUCACAAACGCAGCGUAACCUGCCUCAAAGUCGGCGCGACCGCCACAGCAACGUGGACCAACAGCGCCGGCAAAACAUGCACCUACACGGGCGUGGUGGGCAGUAACUACGGCACCAACAGCGCCGGCGGAGAAUACUCGUGCAACGGCCGCUGCGGCGCGGGAUGUACCGGUCUGGGGCUCGGGAAUGUCUACACGCAGGAUUGCUGGUCGCAUGAUAUUUGCAGUUACUUUAACAAUGCGUCGGGGGGUGCGAGUGAUCCGAACUGCGGCGCGGCGUUUGCGGCUGCGCGCGAUGACUUUCUGCUUGGGUUGGUGGAGGGCUGCUCGCAGACAAAUCCGAGUGAUGCUGCGGUUAAGCCUACCACCCAGCCUGUUUGUUCUUAG